GGGCGCGGGCGGGGGCGCGGGGCGGCUGGCGGCCGGGAUUCAGGAAGCGCUGCGCUCCCGGCCGCCGGCGCCGCGCUGUCCCGGAGGCCGAGCAGUGCAGACGGGUGCGGGGUCAGCAUGGCGGACCCCAGCGAAGGCCCUCGCACAGGCUCUGGGGAGAUGGCCGAGGCCCCCGGGGAUGAGAGUGGCAUCCCUGGUGGGGAGGCCUUCCCCCUCUCUUCGCUGGCCAAUCUGUUUGAAGGGGAAGACGGCUCCCCCUCGCAUUCACCAAAUGAUACGGGUCGCCCUGCUGGCCCCAGCGAUGGGCGGCCAAACCUGCGCAUGAAGUUCCAGGGCGCCUUCCGCAAGGGGGUGCCCAACCCCAUUGACCUGCUGGAGUCCACCCUGUAUGAGUCCUCGGUGGUGCCCGGGCCCAAGAAGGCACCCAUGGACUCGCUCUUUGACUAUGGCACCUAUCGUCACCAUCCCAGUGACAACAAGCGGUGGAGGAAGAAGGUCAUAGAACACGGCCAGGACCUCUGGCUCCCCGCCCAGGCCCCUGUCCCCUGCCGGGCCACCCCUGAGCAGCCCUCAGCCUGCACGUCUCUCCCCGCAGAGCCGUCCACGGGGAAGACCUGCCUGCCCAAGGCCCUGCUGAACCUGAGCCACGGCCACAACAACACCAUCCCCGUGCUGCUGGACAUCGCCGAGCGCACCGGCAACAUGCGCGAGUUCAUCAACUCGCCCUUCCGCGACAUCUACUACCGAGGUCAGACUGCCCUGCACAUCGCCAUCGAGCGCCGCUGCAAGCACUACGUGGAGCUCCUGGUGGCCCAGGGAGCUGAUGUCCACGCCCAGGCCCGGGGUCGCUUCUUCCAGCCCAAGGAUGAAGGGGGCUACUUCUACUUUGGUGAGCUGCCCCUGUCGCUGGCUGCCUGCACCAACCAGCCCCACAUCGUCAACUACCUGACGGAGAACCCCCACAAGAAGGCAGACAUGCGGCGGCAGGACUCGCGCGGCAACACGGUGCUGCACGCGCUGGUGGCCAUCGCCGACAACACCCGCGAGAACACCAAGUUCGUCACCAAGAUGUACGACCUCCUGCUGCUCAAGUGCGCCCGCCUCUUCCCCGACAGCAACCUGGAGGCCGUGCUCAACAACGACGGUCUCUCGCCCCUCAUGAUGGCCGCCAAGACGGGCAAGAUUGGGGUCUUCCAGCACAUCAUCCGCCGGGAGGUGACGGACGAGGACACGAGGCACCUGUCUCGCAAGUUCAAGGACUGGGCCUACGGGCCGGUGUACUCCUCACUCUACGACCUCUCCUCCCUGGACACGUGCGGGGAGGAGGCCUCCGUGCUGGAGAUCCUGGUGUACAACAGCAAGAUCGAGAACCGCCACGAGAUGCUGGCUGUGGAGCCCAUCAACGAACUGCUGAGGGACAAGUGGCGCAAGUUCGGGGCUGUCUCCUUCUACAUCAAUGUGGUCUCCUAUCUGUGCGCCAUGGUCAUCUUCACCCUCACCGCCUACUACCAGCCGCUGGAGGGCACUCCGCCAUACCCUUACCGCACCACGGUGGACUACCUGAGGCUGGCCGGCGAGAUCAUCACGCUGUUCACCGGGGUCCUGUUCUUCUUCACCAACAUCAAAGACUUGUUCAUGAAGAAAUGCCCUGGGGUGAAUUCUCUCUUCAUCGAUGGCUCCUUCCAGCUACUCUACUUCAUCUACUCCGUGCUGGUGAUUGUCUCGGCAGCCCUCUACCUGGCGGGGAUUGAGGCCUACCUGGCCGUCAUGGUCUUUGCCUUGGUCCUGGGCUGGAUGAACGCCCUUUACUUCACCCGCGGGCUGAAGCUGACGGGGACCUAUAGCAUCAUGAUCCAGAAGAUCCUCUUCAAAGAUCUUUUCCGCUUCCUGCUGGUCUACUUGCUCUUCAUGAUUGGCUACGCCUCAGCCCUGGUCUCCCUCCUGAACCCGUGCGCCAACAUGAAGGUGUGCAACGAGGACCACACCAACUGCACGGUGCCCACCUACCCCUCGUGCCGCGACAGCGAGACCUUCAGCACCUUCCUCCUGGACCUCUUCAAGCUGACCAUCGGCAUGGGCGACCUGGAGAUGCUGAGCAGCACCAAGUACCCCGUGGUCUUCAUCAUCCUGCUUGUCACCUACAUCAUCCUCACCUUCGUGCUUCUCCUCAACAUGCUCAUCGCCCUCAUGGGGGAGACGGUGGGCCAGGUCUCCAAGGAGAGCAAGCACAUCUGGAAGCUGCAGUGGGCCACCACCAUCCUGGACAUCGAGCGCUCCUUCCCCGUGUUCCUGAGGAAGGCCUUCCGCUCCGGCGAGAUGGUGACCGUGGGGAAGAGCUCGGACGGCACUCCGGACCGCAGGUGGUGCUUCAGGGUGGACGAGGUGAACUGGUCCCACUGGAACCAGAACUUGGGCAUCAUUAACGAGGACCCGGGCAAGAACGAGAGCUACCAGUAUUAUGGCUUCUCGCACACCGUGGGCCGCCUCCGCAGGGAUCGCUGGUCCUCAGUGGUGCCACGUGUGGUGGAACUGAACAAGAACUCGAACCCGGACGAGGUGGUGGUGCCUCUGGACAACAUGGGGAACCCCAGCUGUGAUGGCCACCAGCAGAGUUACCCCCCCAAGUGGAGGACUGAUGACGCCCCCCUCUAGGGGCCGUGGGCAGGGGCGGGGUCUCCAACCUGCAGCCUAAGCCCGUCCCCUCCGCCUGCCCAUUUCUAGUCCACCUGCAUUUCAGAGGCGCCUCCCGGGGUGUCCCCCCACACACUCCUUUGACCCCCAGAGGUGAGGGCCGGCGGAGACACCGGGGAGGCCCCAGCACCCUCUGGUCCCCAGGCUCCUGCCCCCAGCUCUGCCUCCUACCGGGCGCAGGGCUCCUGGCCGCCUGUCUCACUCCCAUGGAGUCACAUAAGCCAACGCUGGGGCCUCUCCGUCCACGGGGGCUCAGACCCGCGUCUCCAUUAUUUAUUUGUUCUGCUCUCAGGAAAGCGACGUGACCCCACCCCCAAGUGGAACCUGGCUGAGGCCUCAGGACCCGGUUCCAGGUGCACUGAGGGCCAGGCCCCGAGCCCCAGCCUAGCCCAGGCUGCAUACACCACCAUGUGUAGCCCAUGGGGGCUCUGCUGGGGGGCCGAGGCCCUCGGGGUGGGGCCACGCCUUCUGUGUGUUUUGUAGAGGGUCUGGGACUUGUCGGUGCUCAAUAAAUGUUCAUUCAUUGAUGGUGGA